UUUUUUCGUAAAGCAUUAAACUUUCCGAAAGGAGAGUAGUGCUGUAAUAACAUAUCAUCUCCGACGACAGAGAAGAAGAAGAAGAAGAGCUACGAAGUGAGAGGGAUUUGUGUGUGAUAAUGGAUCGGAUUCUGAAGGCCGCUCGAACAUCUGGUUCGCUGAAUCUUUCCAAUCGAUCUCUCUUGGAUGUGCCUACUGAGGUAUAUCAAUGUCUAGAAACGACAGGGGAAGGAGAAAACUGGUGGGAGGCUGUUGAUUUGCAGAAGUUGAUUUUGGCACAUAAUGACAUUGAGGUUUUAAGGGAAGAUCUUAAGAACCUUGCCUGUUUGGUUGUGCUAAAUGUCAGUCACAAUAAGUUGUCUGAACUUCCAGCAGCUAUUGGGGAGCUUACAGCAAUGAAGUCGUUGGAUGUGUCCUUCAACUCAAUAUCAGAACUUCCUGAGCAAAUUGGUUCAGCAAUUUCUCUUGUCAAGCUUGACUGUUCAAGCAAUCGGCUUAAAGAAUUGCCAGAAUCUCUUGGAAGGUGUUUAGACUUAUCCGAUUUGAAGGCCUCAAAUAAUCAAAUUUCCAGUUUGCCAGAAGACAUGGUGAACUGUUCAAAAUUAUCUAAACUGGAUAUGGAGGGAAACAAGCUCACAGUUCUCUCUGAGAAGCACAUAGCAUCAUGGACCAUGCUUACAGAACUUAAUGCAUCUAAGAAUAUCUUGGGUUGUCUACCACAAAAUAUCGGAAGCCUUUCGCGUCUUAUCCGGCUUGACCUUCAUCAGAACAAAAUCUCUUCUGUUCCACCAUCAAUAGGCGGUUGCUCCUCCCUUGUGGAGUUCUAUUUGGGAAUUAACUUGCUAUCAACAUUACCAGCAGAGAUUGGAGAUCUAUCACGUCUAGGAACAUUGGAUCUUCGUUCUAAUCAGCUCAAGGAAUAUCCAGUUGGCGCAUGUAAAUUGAAGCUCUCGUACCUAGAUCUUUCAAAUAAUUCAUUGACAGGAUUGUAUCCUGAGCUUGGAAACAUGAUUACUCUGAGAAAGCUUGUGCUUGUUGGGAAUCCUUUGAGAACCCUUAGAAGCACAUUAGUAAAUGGCCCUACAGCUGCUCUACUGAAAUAUCUUAGGAGCCGCCUUUCUGAUAGUGAAGAAACAAGUGCAAGCACUCCAACAAAGGAAAAUGUAAUUGCUUCAGCAGCUCGUAUGUCUAUUUCUUCAAAGGAACUUUCUCUGGAAGGUCUCAACUUGAGUGCUGUCCCUGCAGAAGUUUGGGAAUCUGGUGAGAUCACGAAAGUUAAUCUUUCUAAAAACUCUAUCGAGGAAUUACCUGCUCAACUUUCUUCAUCUGUUUCCCUUCAGACUUUAAUUUUGUCACGGAACAAGAUUAAAGAUUGGCCAGGUGCGAUCUUGAAGUCACUUCCCAAUCUUGUGUGCUUGAAGUUGGAUAAUAAUCCCCUGAAGCAAAUUCCACUAGAUGGGUUUCAAGCAGUCUCUGGGCUUCAGAUUCUAGACCUAAGUGGUAAUGCAGUUUUCAGAGAGCAUCCUAAGUUUUGCCACUUGCCACAACUGCAAGAGCUUUAUUUGAGUCGAAUCCAGCUAUCUGAAGUCCCUGAAGAUAUCCUCAACUUAUCUAGCCUGCUUAUCCUUGACUUGAACCAGAAUUCACUUCAAUCGAUUCCCAAGGGUAUCAAGAGCAUGACUUCACUCAAACAUCUGGACAUAUCCAACAACAAUAUUUCAAGUCUUCCCCCAGAACUGGGUUUGCUUGAGCCUACACUUGAGGUUCUAAGACUUGACGGGAACCCAUUAAGAAGCAUCAGGAGGCCAAUUCUAGAAAGGGGAACAAAAGCUGUGUUGAACUACCUGAAAGACAGACUUCCAGAUCAGUAGCUUCACAACAUUAACAUCAAUAUACCUAUGUUGUUGUUUGUAACAUAUGCGUGAAGCAGCGCCAGAUUGAAUUUUAUUGAUGAGAGAUGAAAUAACAUAUUGUAAGAGAUUUUACUUUUUGUUGUUGUGUAUUUGGGUACGUCAUUUGUUGUGUGAUUUGUACUACAAAUUCAGGUCUCCUAUGACUUCAACAGGAAAAAACUUGUAAAAAUUGGUUGUUUAUGUUUCUCCAUCCUUCAUUGUCGAAUGCAAACUUAUAUUGCAGAGUA